AACUAAAAGAAGAAGAAGAGUUUCUGCGCUCGAUUAGUUCCGCCUUCUUAGGAAAACAAAUCGAGCUGAAUCAUUGCGCGCUCAGCGGACAGCCGCCCGGUUUAUAGUAAAUAUGUUUCGGAACCAGUAUGACAACGAUGUGACCGUGUGGAGUCCUCAGGGACGCAUUCAUCAGAUCGAGUACGCGAUGGAGGCCGUGAAGCAGGGCUCGGCCACCGUCGGACUCAAAUCACGCACUCACGCUGUUCUCGUGGCCCUCAAGAGAGCUCAGUCUGAACUGGCCGCCCAUCAGAAGAAGAUCCUGCAUGUCGACAACCACGUGGGCAUUUCCAUCGCAGGACUGACGGCCGACGCCAGACUCCUCUGCAACUUCAUGCGUCAGGAGUGUCUGGACUCCAGGUUUGUCUUCGAUCGGCCUCUCCCAGUGUCUCGACUGGUCUCUCUCAUCGGAAGCAAGACUCAGAUUCCCACGCAGCGCUACGGCAGGCGUCCGUAUGGAGUGGGGCUUCUGAUCGCAGGAUACGAUGACAUGGGGCCGCACAUCUUCCAGACAUGCCCUUCAGCUAAUUAUUUCGAUUGUAAAGCCAUGUCGAUUGGCGCUCGCUCGCAGUCGGCCCGCACGUACCUGGAGAGAAACAUGGAGGCCUUCCUGGACUGUAAUCUGAAUGCUCUGGUGCAGCACGGCCUGCGUGCGCUGCGUGAGACUCUUCCCGCCGAACAGGACCUCACCACAAAGAACGUGUCCAUCGGGAUUGUGGGGAAGGAGAUGGAGUUCACCAUCUACGACGACGAUGACGUGGCUCCGUUCCUGGAGGGUCUGGAGGAGAGGCCUCAGAGACGGGCGGCCCAGCCGGCCGAUGAAGCGGCUCCAGCUGUUCCCGACGAGCCCAUGGAGCACUAACAAACACUUUUCUCCAGUCCUGUCCCUGUCGCUUCGAGGCGGCCGGAGCUUCUCCGGCUCACACGGAUAAUAAAACAAAACCUCUAACUCCUCACACAUUAUACAUUACUCAGUCAAACCUUCCUUUUCUAUCUGUGAGUUUAAGAGUAAUAAAGCUGUUUUUGUUUC